UCACACCGUGACCGCAUUCAUCGCCGGGACAUGGAUCUUGUGUGCAACAGCUCUCGCAGAUUGACGUACUAGAAUGGAGAGGAGUUGACGCACCGUUUCUUCCAGGACCGGACCAUUCCCUUUUUUUUUUUCUCCACCAGAAACUUUGAAAAAACCCAUGCAGUUCCAUCUUCCUGACUUUGGUAGACUUGAAACAAUCGGAUGUUAACUUUUGCAACUGUUUAACUUGCGGUGCGCUGACAAUUCCUCACUUUUGGUUGUUUUUUGGGGUACGUAUCGCUGCUAUAAGUAAUGUGCAGGAGGAUGGCUCCACCGCUGACCCUCACCACGGGAGUACGACAUGUUUUCUGCGCGUUUCUUUGGAUUUCCCUCACUUAUUCGUACAACAUUGAUCUAGAACAUCCCAUAGUGUUCCGUGGACCUGAGUCGAGUUUCUUCGGGUACUCUGUGCUGCAGCAUUAUCACAACAAUACGCGCUGGGUACUGGUCGGGGCGCCGAAGGCCAACUCUUCAUACAGUAGCUCCGUGCACACGCCUGGAGCCCUGUACAAGUGUCGUGUUCAUAGCAACCCGGAACACCGUUGCACCGAGAUCGACCUGGGAAGAGGAAACAAGCAGAGGGAGUCUUGUGGGAAGACGUGCCACGGCGACCGGGACGAUGAGUGGAUGGGAGUGAGCUUGGCCCGCCAGGACAAGCCCAACGGCCAGAUACUGGCCUGCGCCCACCGGUGGAAGAACGUGUUCUACGAAAAGGAGCAGCACAUCCUGCCCCACGGAUACUGCUCCAUCAUCCCCCCCAACCUGCAGGGCCACAACAGGGCGCUCAUCCCCUGCUAUGAAGACCAUAAGCAGAAGUACGGAGAGGAGCACGGAUCGUGCCAAGCGGGGAUAGCGGGGGUGUUCACAGAGGAGCUGGUGGUAAUGGGGGCUCCGGGGUCCUACUACUGGACUGGAACCAUCAAGGUGUACAACAUGUCUUCCGACACCUCCUACAACCUCAACAAGGAGGAGGUGCAAUCCGAUCGCUUCAGCUACCUCGGCUACGCGGUGACCGCGGGACACUUCUCCGCCCCCAACGUCAUGGAUGUGGCCGCUGGGGCCCCCCAGCACAGCGGCAGUGGAAAGGCGUACAUUUUUAAAAUCGAGGGAGGAUCUCUGGUCAAGACUUUUGAAGCCUCCGGGAGUAUAAUGGGCUCUUACUUUGGCUCCUCGUUGUGUGGGGUUGAUCUGAACCGGGACGGCCUAUCAGACCUGCUGGUGGGCGCCCCCAUGCACAGCCACGUGCGGGACGAGGGCCAGGUCACUGUUUACCUCAGCAGGGGCAACGGAGCGAUGGAGGAGGCCGCAGUCUUGAAGGGAGACAACGCCUACAACGCGCAUUUCGGAGAAAGCAUUGCGGCGAUCGGGGACAUCGACGACGACGGCUAUCAAGAUGUGGCCAUCGGCGCACCUAAGGAAGAGGAGUUUGCAGGAGCUGUGUACAUCUACCACGGGGACAGCGAGGGGAUUAUCACCAAGUACUCCAUGCGGUUGUCUGGACGUACCAUCAGCCCGGGCCUGCAGAUGUUCGGCCAGUCCAUCUCUGGCAGUGUGGACAUGGAUGGCAACGGAUACGCAGAUGUCACCAUUGGGGCGUUCAUGGCCGACAGCGUGGUGCUGUUGAGGACCCGCCCUGUGAUCAGCGUGGACGUGUUCAUCUUCCUGCCCGUGUCCAUCAACAUCACGGUGCCACAGUGCCACGAGGGGCCCCAGAACCUCAACUGCUUCAACCUCUCCGCCUGCCUGCAGUUUCGUGGACGGCAGGUGCCAGGACAGAUAGAGCUGCUGUACAACCUGACGGCUGAUGCGGACAAGAGGCAGCGGGGCCAGCCCUCGCGCAUCUACUUCUCCCAGAACGGCGUUCCUGUCAGCGUGCUGAGCCAACAGCUCAACCUAGACAUCAACAGGGAGGUGUGCCAGCACUUCACAGCAUAUGUCAAGAAGGACGUGAAGGACGUGUUCACCGCCAUCAGCUUCGAGGUGGCCUACAGCCUGGGCAAGCACGUCCUGGAGGGGGCUUCGGGCGGACACCUGCCCGCCCUGGCCCCCGUGCUGCGCUGGAAGAAGGGCGGCAAGAUCGCUGCGAAGAACGAGACUUUCUUUGAGAAGAACUGCCUGUCGGACGACUGCGCUGCAGACCUGAGACUCAGCGGCCAACUCUUGCUUUCUGGGUUGCACAGCAAGCCCCACUUGGCACUGGGAGGGGUUAGGAACAUCUCCCUCAAUCUCACCGUCUCCAACACCGGAGAUGACGCGUAUGACACCAACAUCUACUUCAACUUCUCCAGGGAGGUGUUCUACAUCAACUUCUGGCAGAAGGAAGAGAAGGGCAUUUCCUGUGAACUGGUCGAACUGGACUUCCUGAAAUGCAGCGUGGGAUUUCCGUUCAUGAGAGCGCAAACCAAGUAUCACCUGGCCGUCAUCUUCGACACCAGCCGGGUCUCCGGGGAAAAUGACACGCUACGGUUUCUGGCCCAAGCGAAGAGUGCGAACCCUGAGCACAAACUGGAGGACAACACGUUGGAGCUCUCCCUGCCUCUGAUCCACGAGGUCGACACCACCCUCACCGGGGUGGUGAGCCCCAGCUCCUUUGUCUACGGCAGCUCUGUGGACGCCUCGCGCUUCGUCCAGCUGGAGGACAUGGAGUGCAACUUCCAGCCCCUCAACCUCACCUUCCAGGUGAUCAACAACGGCCCCAGCAGGCUGCCGGGCUCCACGGUGGACAUCAGGCUCCCCAACCGCCUGUCGGGCAGCGGGGCCGACAUGUUCCACAUCCUGGACACGCAGGUGGCCAAUGGCAGGGGGAACUGCACGCUCCACAAGAACCCCUCGCCCUGCACCAUUCCCCAGGACCAGGAGAGCAUCUUCCACACCAUAUUUGCCUUCUUCACCAAGUCGGGGCGCCGGGUCCUGGACUGUAACCGGCCCGGCAGGGCGUGUAUGACCAUCUCCUGCAGCCUGGGCCCCCAGUUGAAGGACGAGCCUCUGAGUAUAGAGGUCAAACUCCUGCUCAACACAGAGAUCCUGAAGAGGCAGGACAGCUCGUCUGUGAUCCAGUUUGUGACCAGAGCCCACGUCCAGGUGGAUAACAGGGCCAUGGAGGUGCCAAACGGCCUGCCGGAUGAGAUCUCUCUGCUGUUCGAGGCGCUCCACAGCCAGGAGCCGCGAGGUUACGUCGUGGGCUGGAUCAUCGCCAUCAGCCUACUGGUUGGGAUCCUCAUCUUCCUGUUGUUAGCGGUGCUGCUCUGGAAGAUGGGCUUCUUCCGCAGGCGCUACCGGGAUAUCAUCGAGGCGGAGAAGAACAGGAAGGACAGCGACGAGAGCUGGGACUGGAUGGACAAGGACCACUGAGAGUGCAGAUUUUGGGGGUGGUGGGUGGUGGCGGGGGGGAGACAAAGUGAG